AUGCCCGGGCCCUCAAAUAACAGAAAAAAGACCAAGGCUAAAAGCAAGAACCUAAAAAAACAAACAACGUCGCAAAAAAAAUGUCCAGAUAUUUCUGAACGCGUCGAUGACCUUCCCCUAGACACCGAACCUAGCAACCAAUCGAGUGCACCGUCAUCGCCUUCACCGCCAGUGCUCAGGACCCCAUCACCUCCAUUACUGGACCCAAUUUCUGAAAAGGGCUGCUCUGUACCACAUAACUACGUACCCAGGACUGCGGACCAAAUUGAACAAAUCCUGUUUCAGGAGCCUUUCAUCCACGACCCAGGAAAUGGCCCACGCGUUCGCGAUGCCCGCGCGUUCAUGGCAUCAUUCUUUGCGCAACCACCUGCAUUGAAUGAUCCAUUGUGUGCUGAAUUUGCACAAGAUGAGGUUUUGCAGAUGUUAUGCACGGUGCUUCCGGAGGAGGCCGCUCUUCUUUUAUGGUACAAUAAAAGCCGCUCAGAAAGUCGCGUCUGUCCGGCAUGCCAACGUCUAUACAGGAUCGGAGAUACUCUCCCGGAACUCAUGCCAGUGGAGGAAGAUCAAGUCCCUGUUGAUAGAACACCUUCUCCAAAGCUAUUGCGUGAACAGCGGAUUAGUGGCCUAUGUUCACCAGUAUGCUUCAUCAUGGCCUCGUUCAACUUCCCAGGUGCCAUCAAGUCAGCAUGGGGACGAAUGGCAGACGAAAUGGACGACGAAGCUUGGAACCUUUUGAACGGGCCAGGCGAAAAUUCAACCCAAAACGACGUCAGCCACUCUUUGGGCAUGAUUGUCAAGAUGACGAGGCUGUAUGAUCUUGGUUUGGCGCAACUGUGCUUCGACACAGAUGAAGCAGCUUUGUUACAAGCUGCAGCCGAACUUGAUUUGGGGGUUAAUGUUAUAGGCGCCUAG